GCCGCCCGCCCGCCCCAGUCAGUCCUGCGGCGCAGCACGGCGCGGCGCGGCUCGGCUCGGCUCGGCGCGCCAUGGUGCAGCUCGGGAGCGGCCGCCGACCCCCACCGCCGGCCCCGGCCGCGCCGCCCGCGUUCAGCAUCGACAGCAUCCUGCAGCCCGGCCCCCGCCGUCCACCCCGGGAGCAGGGCAGAGCCCGCGGCGCGCUGCCGGAGGAGGCGGAGGAGGAGGAGGAGGAGGAGGAAGAGGGGCCUGCGGAGCAAGACCCCAGUAAAGGCUCCAGCAACUCGGGCAGCGCGCCCCGCCGGCUCCGGGCCGAGGGGACGAGCCGUGGCUUCCGCACGGAGCCCGAGAGCGGCGGAGGCGGCGCGGGCUCCCCACUCCCCGCCGAGGGGCUGCGCGGCACCCGGCAGCCGCCGCCGCGGGAGGCCGGUGGCUGCGGCGGGGAAAGCGGCAGGUCGCCGGCGGCGGGCGGCAGGAAGAAAACGAGGACCAUCUUCUCCAAGAGCCAGGUCUUCCAGCUGGAGUCCACCUUUGACGUGAAGCGCUACCUGAGCAGCGCCGAGCGGGCCGGGCUGGCCGCCGCGCUGCACCUCACCGAGACCCAGGUGAAGAUCUGGUUCCAGAACCGCCGCAACAAGCUCAAGAGACAGAUGUCGACGGAGCCCGAGGGCCCGGGGCCGGCGGAGCCUCCCGGGGAGCCGCCGCCGCCCCCCGCCGCGGCGGCUCUCGCCUUCCCGGCCCUUUACAAGGACAGCACCCUGCUCAGCCGCUGCUUGCUGCCGCUGCCCUUCCCCCUGCUCUACCCGGGCAGCGCCAUCCCCUACCUCUGCCUCCCCGGGCCGGGCAAACACUUCAGCCUGGUGGACGGGGACGUAUAGCCUCUCCCCCCGGCCCCCGACCUUCCUCUCGCCGGGGACUGCCCCGAUGUUAUUUAUGCCCCCGCCGUGUCGGUGGGGUGUCCACCUUCUCCACGGCCGGCGGCAGCCGCCCCCCGGCCCACGAAGGGGCCACCCGGGCUCCCUCCACGCGUGUCCGUGGGCCGCCGACACGUUGUUAAAGCUCGAAAUGGCGCUGCCAGCCCGCCCUCGCUCUUGCAGCGCUUUUUCUCUGGUCAGGACCGAGGAAAUAACAGGAAGCCACCAAAGAAACGGGGAUGUGUUCUGCCUCCCUCUCUCCAAAUUAUCCCGUGCCCGUAUUUCAGGGGGAGCCGAUGCUCUGCCUCAACCCACAGGGACUGUGUCCCCGCGUCUGCCCCAGCGCCGUGGCCGUCGCGGUACGGUGAUCCGAGUCCCUUUCAAUAGAGUUUGCUAAAAGCGAAGGCCGCGAUGCGCUCCUCUGUCUCAAACGCUCCACCUCUAGUGUCCCUCAGAUUACCCUUUCCCCAUCUUUGACACUAUCGAAAUGUAGACACCUUUCCGCAGAUCUGGUUCUUAAACGGUGGCUUCUCUGACUACUAUUUUUUUUUUUUUUUGUCUCUCCCGAAAAAUACCCGAGCUCUCUCACACUUUUUGUGCUAACUGGUUCUCAAAAUGCGGCUCGUCUGAUGUUUUUGCAGAACAAGACAAGCUGUCUCUCAUACUUCUUGUGCUAACCCCGCCCCCCGAAAUCUCGUGGGACAAUUUUAUCUGCUAGAUCCUAGAGUAAAGAAGUGUUGUUUUUUUCUUUCUUUCUUUUCUUUCUUUUUUUUUUUUUUUUUUCAAAUUUCUUUUUUUGUUGCCUCCCAACCCGCGCUCUCCCGGAUUUCCAAACGCUUUUGUCGUCCUCUGAUUUUCAAGUUCCACACGCUUUAUACUCAAAGGUUGGAAAUAAACCUAUUCAGAAGGUGACAUGCAUGCCUUUUCACUACGGUUACUACUAGGCAGUAUCAAACGAAAGGUAUUUCCUAGAGUGCAUCGACGGUUUUUAGUUUAAAAAUAAAGGUUAAAAACACAAUCAUGGCAUUACGAAAUUCCCCCGUGGGUGCGAAAACGGGCAGCUUCUCGACUUUCCCAGUGGGAACAAAAGCGAUAGGCGACGCGGCUGGAUGAGAAGGGGUUUGCUUUCCUUGUCGUGCUCUUCUGCCGUUUGCCUUCCCGUGGGCGAUGGGCAGGGGCGGGCAGCGACCCUGCGGGCAGGGGCGUGGGCCGGCCCGCCGAGGGGAGCGGGCAAGCGGUAGCCCCGCGGCUCACAAGCCGCCUCCGCCGAGCGCUGCGCGGCCGGGGAAAGCGCUGCGGCUGCGGGCUGGGGAGCGGGGCCGGGGCGGUCCCUGCGCCUGCCGAGCGCUGGGAAGCGGCUGGCAGAGGCUGCCUGGAGUUUUCUCACGGUUGCGAUGAUCUGGGAGCGUCGUUUGACCUCGCCUUUCGCUUUUUAAUCGGUCUCGAAUCAGUGUCAAGGAGCAAGAGGGGUCCCACGGGACGCACCUCGCUCCGGACAAGGAUAAACGCUGCCGAGGCGGCUGCAGGGGCGGUGCGACGGAGCGAGGGGGACCCGCCGGCUACGCUUCGCAGCUCUGGUUUCCCCAAACUGCAGGUCCCGGGAAGAUGCAGGAGGCGAAUUAACGGUUUGGGUCGCGCCACCGACC